AUGGGCGGCCUACAACGUCGAGCGCACUCGGGAACGCAAGUACACAGCGGCACGUUCGAUCAGUUCCUUGACCAUACCGACCUGUCCAAGGGUACCUUUAAGCAAAGAUAUUGGUAUAACGCGGAGCACUGGGGUGGUCCAGGCUAUCCUAUUUUCAUGCUGAAUGGUGGUGAGGGUGAUGCUGAGGGCCUGACCGGGUAUCUGGAGAAUGGCACCUUGACGUACUUGUAUGCCGAGACCUACAAGGGUGCAAUCGUCCUGAUGGAGCACCGCUAUUACGGGAAAUCUCUCCCCUUCAAGACUUCCACAGCCGACACAUUACAAUAUCUCAAUGUGCCGCAAGCCAUCUACGACAACACCCACUUUGCGGAAACAGUCGAGCUUUCUUUUGACAAGAAAAAGGGUGCCAACGCAGACAAGUCUCCCUGGGUGUUGAUCGGUGGCAGUUAUCCCGGCGCCCUCUCCGCGUGGACGUCUGUCAUUGCUCCUGGCACUUUUGCUGCCUAUCAUGCCAGCUCUGCCGUCGUCCAGGCCAUUGAUGAUUUCUGGCAGUUUUUUACUCCCAUCGAGCAGGCCCUGCCGCGCGCCUGCUCUGCCGAUGUCAAGCUUGUCAUCAAGCAGGUAGAUGCCGUGCUUGACAAGGGUUCCGCCAAAGAAAUCGACGCGAUGAAGGAAGAGUUCGGUCUGGAGACUCUCGAGGACAAUGCCGACUUUGCGUGGUACUUGUUGCAGCCCAUCAUCGAAUGGGCGCACAAUGAGACCGCGGUAUACAAGUUUUGUAACUGGAUUGAAACGAGCACGAACAACGGUAAAGUUAUCAAGGGCACCGAGAAGUCGGGCGUUGGUCUCAAGGCCGCGUGGAAGGGGUACACAUCAUACAUGCACAGCCAGUACAGUGAGGUAUGCGAAGGCGAGGAGGCGUGCGACUUGUACGGCAAGGCGGUGGGAUACAACAGGCCUAACGACCUGGGUACCGGUCGCAGUUGGACCUGGCAACUUUGCAACGAGCCCUUUGGAUGGUGGCACGUUGGACCGCCCAAGUCGGACGGUACCAACAUCGUGUCAUCGCACGUGCGGCCUGCCGACCGCCAGCGCCAAUGCGAUCUCCGCUUCCCGCAGACGUUCGGGUUCAAGCCGGCCAGCUCGGAAGGGUUCACUGCGGCCAUGUUCAACGACUGGACCGGUGGUUGGAACGCCACGUUCGAGAAUGUCCUCUUCUGCGACGGCGAGCAUGACGGUUGGAGGUCGGCGUCGGUGAACUCUGAUUACCGGCCCGGCGGACCUGUCAAGAGCACCGAACAGACGCCUUCAUUUGUGGUGAAAGGGGCAAACCACGUGCCGGACUUUAUUCUGAACAACGGUGAAGACAACGACGAGAUUAUCGCGCAGGAGGUGGAAGUUAUUGGUAAGUGGAUCAAGGCCUGGAAGCCGAAGAAAUCACCAUAG